GGGCAGCCCCGGCUGGGGGGCACUCCCCGCUCGGGCUCUAGCUCUAUUCCCUCUGCACAUCUCCGGGCUCUAUCCAGGGAGUCCCCGCUGCAAAUGUCCCAGGCUCUAGCCCGUCCCCUCUGCGGAUCUCCCAGGCUCUGUGGAGCCCCCGCUGGACGUCCCUUGGGGCUCUAGCCAGCCCUCUCUGGACAUCCUCCGGGGCUCUAGCCUGCCCUCUCUGGCCAUCCCCCAGGGCUCUAGCCAGUCCUUUUUGCAGAUUAACCCGCGCCAGUCCUCUCGGCACAUCAUCAGGAAUGUCGACCCCCUCCCCCCUCGCCGUGCAGCUCUCCCGAACUCCAAGUCCCCUUUGGGAAUCCCCCAAGCUUUAUGCCCCAAGCGCCAGUGCCCUGCUUCUCUAGGUUCAGACCCUUCCGCACGCCCCCUGGAGGCUCCCACCCUCUCUGCAGGUACUCUGGCCUCUAGUCCCCUCUGCACGCCCCCUGGAGACUCCCAUCCUCCCUGGAGGCGCGGAGGCGGAUCCUGCUCAGUGUAUGUCCACUUCAUUAGAACCAAGGCCCUGCGCUCCCUGCUGCGGUACCCCCUGCCCCUGAGGAGCGGGAAGGAAGCCAAGAUCCUGCAGCACUUUGGGGAUGCCCUGUGCCGGAUGCUGGACCAGCGCUUGGAGCAGCACCUAGCGUCCAGCCAAGGUCUAGGUGAGCUGCCGGUCUCAGAGCUCCCACAGGGGAGGUUCAGCAAACCCCCAGAGGAUGCAGGCCCUUCUCAGUCGGGCCCAGGUCAGCCCAAGGCUGGUGGCCACAGCACCUACAGGCCACCCCGACACUCAGCGACCUGGACUCUUCUGCUGAUUCUCUACAGGGAGCAGCUGAAUCCCAAAAGCCUGGGGUCCCUGACCAAGGAGGAGCUACUGAGGAGGUGUGAGCAAGAAGCUCCCAGGGUGACCCUCAGCAGCAUCAGCCAGCCCUGGCCAGCCCUGCGUUCUCUCCUUCACAGAAACCUCGUCCGGAAGACCCAGCAGCCAGCCAGGUACUCGCUGACCCCUGGGGGGCUGGAACUGUCCCAGAAGCUAGCAGAAGCCGAAGGUCUGGGAGAGCUGCCUACCGCCCAGUCCCCUGGAAGGGAGGCAGGAGAUUGGCCCCAAGAAGCCGUGUCUCAGCUAGGCACCAGGACCCAGGCUGUGGAGCCAUCCCUCGAGCUGGGGCCAGGGGAGUACAGGAUCCUCUUGUGUGUGGAUGUCAGUGAGACCACAGGGGGCAGUCAUCGACCAGAGAUUCUGAGGGAGCUGCAGCGCCUGGGGGUCCCUCAUGAUGUCCGAAAGCUACAUGUUGGGGAUUUUGUUUGGGUGGCUCAGGAGACCAGGCCAAGAGUGCCAACCCGACCUGGUGAGCUCGUCUUGGACAACGUGGUAGAACGGAAGCGUCUGGACGACCUGUGUGGUAGCAUCAUUGAUGGUCGCUUUCGGGAGCAGAAGUUCCGCCUAAAACGCUGUGGCCUCAGCCACAGGGUGUACCUGGUAGAGGACCAUGGCUCUGCCCACAGCCUCAGCCUCCCUGAGAGUACCCUGCUUCAGGCAGUCACCAACACACAGGUGAUUGAUGGCUUCUUUGUGAAACGCACGGCAGACCUGAAGGAGUCGGCUGCCUACCUGGCGCUGCUCACUCGUGCUCUGCAAAAACUCUAUGAGGGUCAGACUCUGCAGUGCCGACGCUGGGGGGACGAGGGAGACCCUGGGGCUAGGACCCCUCCCUGCUCCCUCUUCACCUUCAGUGACUUCAAUGAAGGGGCCAGGAAAAAUAAGGCCCAGUCCGUGAGAGAGGUCUUUGCCCGACAGCUGAUGCAGCUGCGGGGGGUGAGCGGGGAGAAGGCUGCUGCCGUGCUGGAGAAGUACAACACCCCCGCUUGCCUGCUGGCUGCCUAUGAUGCCUGUACCAGCCCCCAAGAGCAGGAGAAGCUGCUGAGUUCCAUCAAGUGUGGGCGUCUGCAGAGGAACCUGGGCCCAACCCUAAGCCGGACCCUGUGCCAGCUUUAUUGUACCCCUGGACCACUGCCCUGAGCCCAACCUGGAGCAGACAUGGUGCAAGGAGGGGGAGGGAUUAGACGGGAAAUGUUCUGCAUCUAAUAAAAGUCUCAGACUGCCA